UCAUGGGGCCCCCGGGCAGUAAGAGAUAAUGGGGCCUCCAGUGUCCCCGCCUAAACUCAAGCACACCCCACAAAACACCCUACCUAUAUGGCCCCCUACUGACCCCAGGCCCUCGGGCGAUGCCCAAAUGCCCGAAUAGUCAGUUCGCCCCUGGUCACAGCACCAUAGCCAAUCAUAGGGGAAGAAAGAGGAUCAGGCAGUGGGAAGUCACUGCCUAGCAACCAGAACACCUCCUAGUGAAAGUAGAGAGGGCUGUUGCUGUCAGUG